GCAGCAGAAUCGCCUGCUGCUGCACGCCUCUUGCGCGGCUCUUUGUUAGCAGGGGUGGUGCCAGAAGCAUCGGCAGCAAUGGCCGUAGAGCGACGGAACCGUUCAGGGAUACUGCCUGAAUCACAGAGAGACUGGAAAAUGAGUCUGAAGUUUAGAACUGCUGCGAGAUCGUGGUUCAAGAGUCCGAGACGAAUAGGCUCGCCUGUAUUGUGCCAUGGCCCGCUUACAUGACUCGCUUGUACAGCGGAGAAGGCCAUGGCACUUCACAGUUGGGUUCUUCGAUCUCUGGUAGGGCCGCGGAUUGGAAACACACCGGAAUGUCUGCAGCGACUUUUCGCAGCAGAACGUGUUGUAGGUCUAGAGCACACGGUGGGUGGUGUAGGGCAAGAAGAAAAAGAAGUAAGAAACGAGUAGCGAAAGAUACCAUAUAUGUAAGUAUGUGUGUAGCUUUUCGUAUAGCGCGGAUUCUGAAUCAGCUGCCAAGCGAUGGUAUCUCAAUCCAGAAAUGUGCGAGCGGUGUGACCAUAUCAGCAAUAGAAAUGGACAGAGUCAAGGGAUAUAUAUUGAUGAAGAAAGGCUAAAGAGAAGUAGGAAGAGAGAGGCGAGCGCAAAGGUUUUAUACCAUCGCUCAGGUGGCAG